CUUGUUAGUAGCUUGAUAGCUUGCAUGUUUAGUAGAAUGAGUAAAUCUGCCUUUGCGUAUUGUGCAGCACAUGCGUUUGCUGGCUAUUCAUGAAUUGAAGGCAUGGAAGACGGGCUGCCCUCCAGAAAGCCGGAGGAGGGUGGUUCAUCUAAGCGUUCACAGAGGCAGCAGGAACGCCAGGGGAAACUUCCUAGGAGACGGAAAGAGGUGAAGAGGUCUCUUCGGAGGCCGGACUGUCCAGAACACCUGUCGGGAGGAAGCGUACAUCGGUUGCCCGAACAGCACGAAUCCGAAGCCUCUGCAUCAACGGAGGACACUGCAGAUAGUUGCCCAAAAAGAUGGGAUAGAUGCAGACGAGGGCACUUUCUACAUGGACCAUAUCCUGCUACUCACUUUGGACCCAAAGCUUGCAUUCUUCCCAACCCGACCUCAGUCAUGCACAUUCAGGAUCCAGCCAGCCAGCGGCUCACCUGGAGCAAACCACCACUCAAUGUCCUGGUCAUCAGAAAGAUCCGAGACGAGACCCUGCUGGAGCCGUUCAAAGAGCUUUGCAGGUUUCUCGUGGAGGAGAAACAUCUGAUGGUUUAUGUGGAGAAGAAAGUUGUGGACGAUGGCUCUCUCAUGAAGGACGAGUCAUUUUCCGCCAUCCGCAAUCAGCUGUGCACAUUCAGGGAAGGGUAUGAUGACAUCUCGGACUGCAUUGAUCUGAUUAUUUGUUUGGGUGGAGAUGGGACUCUUCUGUAUGCAUCAUCUCUUUUCCAGGGCAGUGUCCCCCCGGUCAUGGCCUUCCAUCUGGGUUCCUUAGGAUUUCUCACACCAUUUAAGUUUGAGUCCUUUAAAACAGAGGUGGAUAAAGUUUUUGAAGGUAAUGCUGCCAUCAUUCUGCGCAGUCGUCUGAAAGUUAAGGUGGUGAAAGGCAUGUUCCAGAGAAACGAGCAGCUCUUCGGCACUCAGGAGAACGGAAUAGUGCCUCAUAACCACAUAAAUAACGAGGCAGGCAAAAUCACACUGCAGUUACAGGUGCUGAAUGAGGUGGUGGUGGACAGAGGACCCUCAUCCUACUUGUCCAAUGUUGACCUUUACCUGGAUGGACGUCUCAUCACAUCUGUACAGGGAGACGGUGUAAUAGUGUCCACCCCCACGGGCAGCACGGCCUACGCUGCUGCAGCGGGAGCUUCCAUGAUCCAUCCCAAUGUCCCUGCCAUUAUGGUGACCCCCAUCUGCCCUCACUCCCUCUCUUUCAGACCCAUAGUGGUGCCCGCUGGCGUGGAGCUCAUGAUAACGCUAUCACCUGAUGCUCGUAACACAGCCUGGGUCUCAUUUGAUGGCAGAAAGCGGCAGGAAAUCCAGCACGGGGACAGCAUUAAGAUCACGACCUCUUGCUUUCCGGUUCCUUCUAUCUGUUGUCACGAUCUGGUGUACGACUGGUUUGACAGUUUGGCUCAGUGUCUUCACUGGAACGUCCGCAAGAAGCAAACACGUUUAACAGAUGCCAGCGACUCUUCCGAAACGGAGAACUGAAACCACCAUAAAAACCAAGUUUCUCACAGUCUGUUGACAUUCCAAAUAAAUUCAGAUUUCCAUCCUGACUCACUGAAAAGGAGGGUUCUUUAUAUUUACAUAACAUUGUUCAUGUCCAUAUUCAUAGAUUCAUUUCAUUAUAGCUCACAAGUGCUUAUGUUCUACCUGUAAAAUAACACAUUAACUAGUUAGAGGUCAGCCUGGAUUACUCGUAAUUUAUCGGUAUCUAAAAGUUUGUUUGUUUAAGAGCAUAAACUCAUGAUGCAUGAUUGCUAAACGUCAUUAUGCAGACAGUUUCCUACAUUCUGUUUUUGUAGCUGACGGCUUCUCAUAAUUAACAACAUGCUGAAGAGUAACUGAUCCAAUUUGCCAUAGAACAGUUUUUUUAAUACCAUUUACUGACAUUUACUAUUGACAAAAAUGCUUAGUUAAUUUUUUCCCUGUAGAUUCAUCCAUGUUUAAAUAGUUGUUUAGGAAAACUGGAAAUGCACAUUAUAGCUGGAAAUGUAAUUUGUCCAUGAGCAUAAAACUUUGAUUUUGAGGUGUUUUUACAGUGCAUAACUCGUUACAACGUAGCUGUUGACUAAAUUUACCACAGACGUCACAUGAGUUGGGCUUUCUAUGUGGUUUGCUACAACAGUAGUUCCACUUGUGUGGUAUUAAAUUGCAUAGGACGCCA